GAUGCCAUUCCACAGGGGACUUCUUUCUUUCCUUCCUAUCAGAAACAACUUCACACCCAACUGCACCUUCUGAAAUCAGACCAAAAAGCGCUUCAAUCUUCCGUGAAGGACAGAGAAGACAGACUCAAGGACCACACUGAGAGGACAGAAGCUGCAAAGUAGGAGAUUGUGACAGCAUAUAGGAAGAUGCACGAGUUCCUGGAGAAGCAGGAGUCCUCUCUUCUGGCCCAGCUGGAGCAGCUGGACACAGAGAUAAGGAAAGCCCAUGAAGAAAUUCUCCAGAGACUUUUGGAGGAGACAACGAGGCUGGGCACGCUGAUUGGGGAGAUGGAGAGGACGUACCAGCAGCCAGACUGGCAGCUCCUGAAGGACAUCAGAAUCACCUUGAGCAGGGGCCAGAGGGAAACGCUCUCCCACUCACUCCAGAUUUCCCCGGAGCUGGAAAAGAAAUUCUCUGACUUCACCGACAGGAACCCAAAUAUCAAGGAAAUUCUGGAGCAAUUUCAAGGUAGCAGGGGCAGGUCUAGAAAGGCCAAUGCCAUCGUGCUUCUUUGUGGUGAGGGAUGGAGUGAAGUCAGGGGAAAGAAAGGCAUCCUGGGUGCUGAAUGAGGGGUUAUUUCUUUCAAGAUCCCACAAGGAGACAGAGAACGAGCAGCGAGCGUUGGUCUGAUGUUCCCUGCCUGUCCUCCUCCUCCUC